UGUAAUUUAAAUAAUUGAGUAUUUUCUUUAUGGAAAUCAAUAAUAUCAUUAAAAAUUUCCCGCCACUUUCCUUCCGUAUAAAAGAAAGUAGAAAAAAAAAAUUCUCCUAGGGGCUGGUUCUCCAAUUUUGCGUGCAGAGAUGGAAGUGGGAAGGUUACCAAUCUCAGCAUCACAAAGAGGGAAGCUCAUAUCAGCUGGCUAUACCAGUCUCUCUUCUCUUUCUUCGCUCUCUCCCUCCGACCUUGCUAAAGACCUAAAUAUUCCUGAAAGCGAAGCGCUUGAAAUUCUGAAGGUUGCAUCGCUUACUAGUAGGCUAGACAAGCAAGAUGGAAACCAUGCUUUUGUUAAUGGUGCACAGACUGCUUGGGACAUGCUCCAUGAGGAGCAGUUGUUUCCACGCAUUACUACAUCUUGUGCAGAUAUGGAUGAAAUUCUUGGUGGAGGGAUUAAUUGCAAAGAAGUUACUGAAAUUGGUGGAGUACCAGGCAUUGGUAAAACACAGCUGGGGAUUCAACUUGCGGUAAAUGUUCAAAUACCAGUUGAGUAUGGUGGCCUAGGUGGAAAGGCAAUAUAUAUAGACACAGAAGGCAGCUUUAUGGUGGAGCGGGCUCAACAGAUUGCUGAAGCUUGUGUAGUGGACAUGUCAGAAUAUAACGAUCUUUUACGGAAGGGAAAUCGUGCUUGCCAAGUUAGAAUUCAGCCGAAUGAUAUCUUGGAAAACAUCUUCUAUUUUCGAAUCUGCAGCUACACUGAGCAAAUUGCUCUGAUAAAUUACUUAGACAGGUUCAUCUCAGAACAUAAAGAUGUUAAGAUUGUUAUUGUUGAUAGUGUUACUUUUCAUUUCCGCCAAGAUUUUGAUGAUUUGGCUCUCAGAACUCGACUACUUGGUGGAAUGGCCUUGAAGUUGAUGAACCUUGCAAGAAACUACAGUUUGGCGGUUGUUAUAUUCAAUCAAGUUACUACAAAGUACACAGAGGGUUCAUUUCAAUUAGCUCUUGCACUCGGUGAUAGCUGGUCACAUUCUUGCACAAAUCGUGUUAUUUUAUAUUGGAAUGGCGAUGAACGAUAUGCAUACAUAGAUAAGUCACCCUCUCUGCGUUCUGCAUCAGCACCAUUUUCAGUGACCAGUAAAGGGAUCCGGAAUUCUGCUUCAAACCAUAAGCGAAUCAGAAUGAUGUGAGACUAAAUUGUCUUUUGUAGAUAGGUUCUUAUGAAACCUAACAUCUUCUGCUUGCAAAACUACUUGACAUGUUGUUAUCACUUUUUUUUUUUCCUUGAUUAUUGGUCCAUAGGAUGCAGACAUUUUUGAAAUCUAGGGAAAAAAACCGUCUUUGUUCUGUAUUUACUUUUGUAAUGUGUUUAUCCCUGCUGCUUAACUUUUGUCAAUUGGUUAAUCA